UUGGCUCACCUACAAGAGUUAACCAGCCAGCGCGGUCCGUUAUCUGGCCUUCUGUCAAAACUUUUAUUGAAUUAUGAGGCCGGAAUGGUAUUUUUUUAAAAAAAGAAUAGAAUAAUUAAAUUUGACAAAAUAAUGUCAUCUCGCGAUAAAUUGGAAGAUGCAGUAGUUAGUGUUUCAAUUUGUGUGCGGUAACGUAUAUGAAGGCAACCUCCAGGAAACAGAGAUUAUAUGAAGUAUAAUAAUGGCCACUGAAGGGGCCAUGGUUGCCGAUCUACGGGCUGAAAUUGAAAGGCUUUACCGUGAGUUGGAUCUUGCUUCAACGGAAAAAAUACAAUCAGCCCAAUAUGGUCUCGCUCUACUCGAGGAGAAGUCAGCUCUUGAACAAAAGUGCAGUGACCUCGAGUCCCUUUAUGAAAAUACCAAGCACGAACUCGACAUCACACAAGAGGCUUUAGCAAAAUUCCAGACCACGACCAAGUUAACGACAAAAAGUGGAAUAGAACAAGAAGAAAGUCUUCUUCACGAAAGUGCUGCACGUGAAACAUCUCUGCAAACAGAAAUUAUAGAAUUAGAAAAUGAAGCGAAACAGUUGCGACAUGAAUUGGAGCGCGUGCAAGCAGAGCGAGAUCAUGCCCUUCAAGAACGUGAGGAAGUGGGCAAGGAUCAUUUGCAAACGGAGGCUGAACGAAAAACCCUACGCACUGAACUUAGAGAAUGUCGAUUUCGUGAAACUCGACUUUUACAAGACUACAGUGAAUUGGAGGAUGAAAAUAUAUCGCUACAAAAACAAGUGUCAGGAUUACGUUCGAGUCAAGUUGAAUUUGAAGGUGUUAAACAUGAAAUACGCAGGUUAACCGAGGAGGUUGAACUUCUCAAUAGUCAAGUUGAGGAGUUGACAAAUUUGAAAAAAAUUGCCGAAAAACAAAUGGAAGAGGCACUCGAGUCAUUGCAAGCCGAAAGAGAAGCGAAAUAUGCAUUAAAAAAAGAACUCGAUCAACGUAUUAAUAGUGAAUCAAUUUAUAAUCUCAGUAAUCUUGCACUAUCAAUACGUGGCAUUACUGACGAUCAAAAUCUAUGCAGCGAUGGCGAGGAUGAUUCUCCAGUGUUAAGAAGAAUUGAGGACGAUCUUAAAACACAAGAACCAGGAACAUCAGCGGCUGACAAACAAGUUGAUCUCUUCUCUGAGAUUCAUUUGAAUGAAUUGAAAAAAUUGGAGAAACAACUUGAAUUAGCCGAAACGGAAAAAUCUUUACUCACACAAAAUUUACGUGAAUCACAAUAUGCCGUUGAAAAAAGUCAAGGAGAAUUACAAUCGUUUGUCGCGAGGAUCGUUCAAUUGGCAGCUCAUGUUCAAUCUUUACAUCAUUUACACUCGAAACUACCCGAGCAAAGAGGCGAGGAAACUGCACUUGAUAAACUCAAUCAGGCUAUCGUGCAAUACCAUCAAUGGAGUACAAUGUCAACUCGGGAAAUUGAACAACUGCAAAAGGACUUGGCGGAUUUAGAGAAGGGAUUAACUGUCUCGGAUUCGACGCAACAAUUACGAACAGAAUUAACGAACUUGAGAAAUAAGCUUCUUGACACCGAACAGCGAAGUAUGCUGCUAGAAUCGGACGUGAGUAUUCUCUCAAAAUUAGCGGCAGAAGCUGGAAGUUCUCUUGAUUCAGCUCAAAAUGAUUUACAAAAUAUGUCCGAUGAAUUAGCUCAAUUAUAUCAUCAUGUUUGUACGGUGAAUGGUGAGACACCAUCGAGAGUUAUUUUAGAUCAUGAAAAAAUUGUCCCUGAAAAAGAAGAGGACAACGAGAAAAUUGAAUGGUGUCGAACACUAUUUAAAACAGAUAUUAAAAUUAAAGAUCUCGAAAGUCUCAGUAAAGCAAAAGAAAUUGCCAAAUAUAUUGAGACUGCAAUGGAUCAAAUAAAACAUUUGCGAAGCGCUGUUGAACACACGAUAGAACUUUCCAAACUCAAAGGCAUGCAAACAACUAUGUGCAGUGUUUGUGAAGCCUCGGUCAAUGAAAAUAAAGUUGAGGUCUCGGAUUUGCAAGAACAAGUUAUCAAAUUUAAAGCUUUACUUUCGGCCAAACGAGAACAGGUUGCAACGUUGAGAACUGUUCUCAAGUCAAACAAAAACACAGCGGAAGUUGCACUAACCAAUUUGAAGAGUAAAUAUGAAAAUGAAAAAAGCUUCGUUAAUGAAACGAUGCUUAAAUUGAGAAAUGAACUCAGAGUGCUAAAGGAAAAUGCUGCAACAUUUUCAAGUUUACGUGCAAUGUUCGCUGCUCGCUGCGAGGAAUACGUGACACAAAUCGACGAGCUUCAACGUCAAUUAACAGCCGCCGAGGACGAUCGCAAAACAUUGAAUCAACUUUUACGCCUUGCCGUGCAACAAAAGCUCGGUCUCACAAUGAAAUUAGAAGAAUACGAAGUUGAUCGUGAAUUAAGAAAUACACGAAGACACGCGACUGGUGGAAAUAGAGGCGGUCGAACACCUCGAUUACCACAACAGACGAACCGUCCGCACAUGGGCAGAGAGUUCUUCUAGAAAAUGGUUAAGAUGUGGAGCAAAAUAUUUUGAGACAAAAGAUAAGUUUUUAAAAUUACACGACUAUUUAAUAAUAUUAAUAAUAGUUAUCGACUAUUUCUUAUUUAUAUUUUAAAAAAAUACGACUA